AUGAAGAAGAAGAAAGAAAAAGAAAUUCUAAGUUUCCAAGGUUUUGUCUCUUUUUCUAGAUAGCGAGAGGAGGGUUUGGUUUCUGUUUACUGUUAAACUUCUUUGCAAAGCUUCUUUCUCUGUCCUUCCUUUUUAAAACAAAAACCUGGUUUAGUUUAUACCAUUGUUGGAAGAGAGAGAGAGAAAUAAGGAUGAAGGCGGAUGAAGAAUUCGGACCGGAUCGAGGGAUGGAGUUCCAGACAGAUGAUGAAGAAAACCGAGCAGAGACACUGGGAGAGAGCGAAGAGGACUAUGAAUCAGACUUCACCUUCUCUGACCGGAAUCCUUCGGAAUGUAGCAGCUUGUCUUUCCACAUGCCCUGGCCUCAGAGCUACCGGCAGUCGAUGGACAUGUUGACAAGUGUGACCCCUCCCAAAGUGGGCUUCCUUGGGGGGACGAGUUUAACAGGGUUAGGCAGCUCCUUCUUAUCUUCUUCAGUUUACAAGAGGGCACAGGCUUCUGAGUCCAAUGCCUCCCUUGCUCAACCUUUCAUUUCAGUAACAAAUGCAAUAGAAAAAGUUGAUGAACUCCCUCUUCCUGAAACUGCUACACCUAAGCGCUCUUCUUCCUACUACAAGGCUUCCUUUCAUGAAUUGCCCCCACCAGCUCAACAAUGCUCUUAUACUCAAUCUGUAGUUAAUGGAGUAAAUGUUCUUUGUGGUGUGGGACUUCUAUCAACUCCUUUUGCAGUUAAAGAAGGUGGCUGGAUAAGCCUUUUGAUACUCUUUGGCUUUAGUAUCAUUUCAUGCUACACUGGAGUUCUAUUGAAACGAUGUCUUGAUAGCUCAUCUGGACUCAAAACAUACCCUGACAUCGGCCAAGCUGCUUUUGGGGUUUCCGGUCGCUUAUUUAUAGCUAUAAUCCUGUACAUUGAACUAUAUGUCUGCUGUGUUGAAUUCAUAACUCUCAUGGGUGAUAACAUGUCCAAAAUGUUUCCAAAUGCCCAAAUGGUUUUCAUGGGGAUUCACUUGAAUUCUCAUUACUUCUUCACCAUAUUGAUGACCAUCAUUCUUCUCCCCACAAUUUUGCUGAGAAACCUUAGUUUGCUAUCAUAUCUUUCAGGGGGUGGAGUAGUUGCAUCCCUACUGGUGGUGCUUUGCUUGCUGUGGGUGGGAGUUGUUGACCAAGUUGGGUUUCAUCCUGGUGGGGCUGCUUUGGAUAUUGCAAAUAUUCCUGUGUCACUUGGUAUAUAUGGUUUCUGUUAUGCAGGGCAUUCUGUUUUCCCAAAUCUUUACUCUUCCAUGGAGAAACCAUCAGAUUUCUCAACAGUUCUAUUGGUCAGUUUUUCAAUUUGUUGUCUCCUUUAUACUGGGGUAGCUAUAUGUGGCUUUAUGAUGUUUGGCUACUCAAUACAGUCACAGUUCACACUAAAUAUGCCUCAGGAAUUUGUGGCCUCUAAAAUUGCAGUUUGGACAGCGGUUGUGAAUCCUCUUUCAAAGUAUGCCUUGACAUUAACUCCAGUUGCACUAAGUCUAGAGGAACUUCUUCCUCCUUCUCGUCUAAGAUCUCAUUAUGUUUCAGUGUUCAUCCGAAUGGUCUUAGUUGCUUCAACGUUGGUUGUGGCUCUAGCGGUUCCUUUCUUUGCUUUUGUAAUGGCACUAGUUGGCUCUUUCCUCACAAUGCUUAUAGCCCUUAUAUUUCCUUGUGCAUGCUAUCUCAGCAUCCUUCGCGGGAGGUUAAAAUGGCCACAGAUUGCAGUCUGCAUUUUUAUUAUUGUAGUUGGAAUUGUCUGUUCUUGUAUUGGUACAUAUUCAGCAGCAAAGAAAAUAGUUGACCAGAUGGGCUGAUGGAGUGAAGAAAAGCAAGGUCACCAUAUAUCUCUUCAAGUCUUUGUAAGGCCUGGGUAGACUAGAAUUAGCUAAACAUAACAGUAAUAAUUCAAGGAAGUUCAGUGAGGUGCUAGUGGAGAUAUUGGUAGAAAUCCUUUCAGGGAUUAUAUAUUUUCAGUCAAAGUUCCAAAUGAGUUAAUUUUAUUUUUGUGUCUUAUUACUUCAAGUCAACCCAGAAAGAAGCUUAAUUCAUUGAGGCUUUUAUACGUUAU